GCUCCCUGGAUCCUGAUGACUUCCAGAUGACAGCCGAGACACCGGCCAGAGACACAACUCCACACUCACGCACAGAUGAGGAGGCGUGUGUGUGUCUGAGCGUGUUUUGAUCAGAGAGAGAGAGAGGGAGAGAGAGGAAGAGAGAGAAACAGAGUGAGAAAGACCAGAAGAUUGUGCUGAUUUGGUGGAGUCUGUAAGCUGUCUGUAGUCUUCCUGGAGGGCUUGACACACCGCUGCUGUUCAGCACUUCUGGCCCUCAUAAGUGCUUUGUAGGGCUGAACCAGAACCCAGAGCUCAGUAAGGGAGAGAGAGAGAGAGAGAGCCAUGGAGGAGACCAGGCUGGGCAGGAUGCUACCUGUCAGGCUUCUGGUCAUCUCUGUCUUUUACUGCAAUCUCUACUUGACCACUGCUUCGCACUGGAGCAAAGCCCUCUACCCAUCUGCAUACAGAGUGAAGAGGGGAACGCCAGCUUUCAUCAACCCCACCUUCCAGAAGUCUGUAGAGGACAUCAACUUGCUGUACGAGAUCCUGAUUUCUGGUCUUCACCUGGAGGAGGACGAGGGUCUUUUCAGUGAGGUGGACGAGGAGCUGGCUUCCCUGCGCCGCGUCCAGACGCUUGAGGUCAUCUGCAAGGACGUGCUUCCCAGGAAGCUGUCAGAGAUCCGCCGCCUGAUCGCUGAGCUGAAGCAUCGCAGCGGCCCUCUCCGUCGGGAGGAUUUCGAACGCACCGUGCUGACCAUGGUCUACGCGGUGCAGAAGCUCACGCACACGCCGGCAGGCUACCAGAGGGACAUGUGGGCCGAGGCCCUGCUGGACCUGGAGCGAGCGGUCAAACAAGACCUCUCGCUCAGGUGAGGAGGUCAGGUGGAACUGUCCGGUCAGUGUGUCUCGGUACAGACAACAUGCCAGUGGUGUCCUGUCCAUGUGGCAGUCUAGCACUCAACAGCUGGGCUGAGGUUUUGGAAUGCCCACUGAGCCUGUGACAGCAGAAUUGCGGCAGGUUGACCAAGCACAGGUGCUCCAAGUGCACCAAACAUUUUUUGUCAACUGUUAAUACUGUAGCUACGAUGACCUAAAACAAGUGUAGCUCUGACUGACCAUGACGUUUCACACACAAAAGAUGCCACCUUAACUGUAUCUGUAACUGCAAAUGUUGCAAAACUUGUUUGUGCUGCAUCAUAAUGUGUGUUAAGUGGCAUUAUUGUUAAGUGGCAUUACUGUUUAUUAUUGUUAUAAGAAACCAUAAUGCAUAUCAAUGAAUUAAUAAGCACUUGUUUAUUAAAUGUUCUAUUGUUACUGUA